CAACUUCGGUGCACGGCCGUGUUUUUUGGAGAAGUAAAACAUGAGCUAAUCUUUCUCUUGGUGGUUAAUAUUUCUGUGUCCAUUACUGCGUUUCUGGGGAACACUCUGAUCCUAGUCGCUCUGAAGAAAGAAUCUUCACUUCAUCCGCCGUCCAAACUCCUGUAUCGUAACCUAGCGAUAACUGAUCUCUGUGUCGGUAUGAUUGCAGAGCCUGUUUAUGUUGCCUAUUUUAUGUCCGUGCUAAGCGAUAAAUGGGAUAUUUGCUUUUAUUCGAAUUUGUUAAGUUUUUUCACGGGCGUUCUUUUUAGUGCCGUGUCUUUACUAACAUUGGCUGUAAUAAGCGUGGACAGACUUCUCGCCCUGUUACUGGGGCUGAGAUACAGACAAGUUGUAACUUUGAAAAGAACACUCAUGACCCUAAUUGUUGGUUGGAUUUUGUCUAUUGUGGGUAUAUUGACCUACCUUUGGAAUCCUAUUCUGACGUCGUGGUACAUGAAGGUAGCCGUAUCUGUUUGUCUCGUCAUCUCAUUUGUCUGUUAUGUGAAGAUUUUCUUGAUUCUGCGUCAUAACCAAAUCCAAGUGUUGGACCACGUUCCUCAAAGACAGCAGAACCAACCGGUUUCGCUUAACAUAGCGCGAUACAGAAAAGCAGUGUCUGCUGCAUUGUGGGUGCAGAUGACAUUGGUUGUUUCUUACCUACCGAUCCUUAUAACCGAAGCUUUGAAACAUCAGCGAGGGAUGUCACUAUCGUUUCACCUUGCAAGGGAAUUUACCCGUACUUUAGUUCUUUUAAACUCCUCUUUAAACCCCUUGCUGUACUGUUGGAAGAUUAGAGGAAUAAGGCAAGCCGUAAAGGAUACCAUGAGAGAACUUUUAUGUUCAUCGCCAAAUUAGAUUGUUAUAUACCUGGAGAAUUUUUUCCAACAGCGCGUGCUCUCAUUGGUUACUUCCAGGUCUCAUGAAAGCUAACGAUGAAACUGUUUCCCGCCAAACUCUCGGAGCGGGCAACAUUGCAAAAAUCCAUGACGUCAGAGGGUAACUGCAUUGUUUUCCGCGAAUGUUGACCCACGACCUCCGUUACAGCGAGGUUUAUUGAAUAUCCAGGGCUCCGCCUCGGGAGACAUUGAGACUUUCGAGAAACAAAAUGAACUCUUUUCCUCAGAACCCGUCAUUAAGUGUUUAUUGUUACAUCUAUUGACUACAGUCGGGCCUCCUUUAAGCGACCACUCAAAAUGCGAAGAUUUAUUGGUCAAUUACGGGACGUUGUUGCCUACAGAUCUUCUUUUUUGGAGGGAAUUUAUUGCAUGCAAUUUUCAAGGUACGAUAUGAGUAGUUUGAUGUUUUCACAGAAAGUUUUUCGUAUGUUCGUAUACAGCGCAGAAAGAGAUCACAUCAUACGUCAAUUGGACGCUUAUUAUAUGUGUACAGUCAACUCUUGCCUUGCGGACACCUCACUAUAACGGAAAACCCGAUAAUACGGACAGUAGCUAAAUCCCUGGCAAAAACAAAUUACAGACGUUUGACUGAAAUAAUUAAACUCCCGCUACUAUGGACUCUCGCCAAUGAGGACACUAACUCGAGGUCCCUUACAGUGUCCGCAAUAAAGGGAGUUGACUGAAGUCCUCUUCUUUUGAAAUUUUGUAGUCCUCUUUUUAAGGGUAUUGGUAAUGUCGAGGCUAAUGAAAUGGAGAACACUAUGUAUUAUUUAUAGCUAUUAGUUAUUUAGAUCCAUUUUAAACUAUUCAAAGUCUGUGUCAUAUCAGAUCGUUUAAAAUACAGCUGACUGAUAUCCAAUCUUUAGAUCAACGUAACAGUUUCAUUGAUCGUUAAUUAUGUUGCACAAGUGCUUGUUCAACCAGUGCGCACCGUAUAUAAUAUUAGCGGAUUUUUUAGAUUUAAGAAUGUCUCGUGUAAUUUACGUGGGCUUGACACAAAACGCUUGAGCUGCCGCAUCUUCUAAUUUAGAAUGCAUAAAUCUUUUACGUGAAAUAGUUCAUGGGCUAGGCUUUGACAGAUUGUGCUACCAUAAUUUACGGCAUACUUUGUCAUCACGAGCAUAACUUCACCCUUUUUUGCAAAAAAAGCACUGCUGGAAUAAUUUGCACUUCUGGCUAAAAUUGUCAUUGAUCAUACAGCCAAUAUUUUUGGCCCGAGAUCAGUGUCACAGGCACUUUUAAGUAAAAAAAUGAAUUUUUUCUCUGGUUUUGUCACAUUCAUGGAACCUCUUUCCCACAGUAAGUGAACGAGGAUAUUUUUUUCUACAAUACUCAAUGCAUGCGCAAAACUAGGUCAGUUGCCCAAGAUGGCGUCCGCGUGUGUUGUAAAUUGUUUGACAUUCCAAAGUUGUCAGAAAAUGAAUUACACAUUCUCCAGUGUUUGUUUGCCAUUUAUAGUAGAAGCUCAAUUUCUGCAUUUUUUGUUAAAAUGAGCAUAAUUUACAAAAACUAACAUAGGUAUUGACAUAAUUUUAGAAAUAUAAGAGCAGUGCUAGCGCUAGUUGCAUAUUAUGCCACUUUUGCAAGCACAAUCUAUAAAAGCCAAUGUAAAAGCCUACGCUUGGAUGGUUCGGUUCUAACUUCUAAAACUAGUAACCAGAGAGGUAAAAAGUGUAAAGAAGUAGGGGCAUGGUGUCGUUUAAUAUUGCACCACAAAAAUAGCCGCGUUUCUAGACUGUUUCCCGUCUCCUAUUUUCCCUUAAAAUCGACCGCUUGCUGUAACGAGCGGCCACCUUGGUUUCAAAUGUCAUUACUAAAGAAGUGGGCGCCCUGUUUAUAGGAAAAUGCUUUAAAGGAGCUGUGUCACGGCAGUCCAGUUCAUUUUGUUUAUAAUUAAUUUUGCCGAUUACUCGCCCUCAACCGCUAUGGAACUUAAAGUAAGUAAAGAAAUUACAUGUAAAUGACAAAAUCAGAGAUUCAAGACAAACAAAUAUGUCUCCUGGGCAUUAUUUUUGAAGUUGCAAACAGCAGUGAUCAACUUUGAAAAACUGUUAGGCUGAACAGUUGUCAAAAACCCUAAUUUCAAUCCAUUUCAAUCUUCUUCAGUUCUGCUCAUCCGUGGCAUCUGCUGUAUCUGUCGUGUUAUUUUAACCUUCCUUUAAUGUUUUAAGCGGUUAUUUUUAUGUUUCUCUUAAUUUAACGGACAUUUUGUAAUUACCUAAUUUGUCUGAAUUUUCGUGACACAGCUCCUUUGAUAAGAACCACCGAGAGCAGGUUUUAUGAGCCAGCGAGACUGAGCACCCCUUCACCCAAACCCUUGUUUUCACUAAAUCCGCUGGACGUCACAACCUGGUUGAGGUCGUUGUUAUCUAAGGUCUUCCUGUUUAUAGCGAUGGGGGAAAGGAAGUCUCGCCUCCUCCCAAUCCGCUAUUGCUCAUUAGAUGAGCAAACUGGGGUAAACAAACUUUUAUUUUUCACGCCGCGAAAGACUGGAACAGCCUUCCAAAUGAUUUAAAAGAGUGUAAUAUUUUAUCUAUUUUUAAAUCCAAGUUAAAAACUUUUUUAAACGAUCUCAGCUAACUUUUAAACCUUGAUAUUUUUUGUAUAAUCGAUUUUAAGAUUUUAAAUUUUUAAAUUUGUUUUACUUGUAAACAUAAUUUACUUUUUCGUAAUAAUUAAUUAAUUAAUUAGUUAGAUUUAUGCAUGAGGGCCCCACUGAAAACCGCCUUGGCGAGUUGGGCUCCCUCUAUAAAUAUCAUUAUUAUUAUUAUUUAUUAUUAUGAGAUGAUGAUAUUGAUGAGAAUAAUAAGACUUUUAGAAUGUGUCGGUUAUGUUAACUGAGGAGAAAAGGCCUUCUUAUACGACACUUAACCCUAAUUAGACCAGCCUUUUUUUGCUUCCGGAGCUCCGCCCCGCCUUCACCCCCUCUAUAACUGCAUAACCGCUCAUGAUACGGCCAGCUAAAUUAAACAAUAUAAUAUAAUCAUCAUUUCCAACAUCUAUAGGCAUGACUUGGUUGACACAAUGGCGUAACUUGACCACAUUAUGACGUCGAUCAUAUUGUUGAGUUUAUUGGCAGAAUCCAAAUUCCAUCAACUUCCCCCCUCAAAACGAAAAAUAUUUAAAAUAGCAGGGCAUCGGAAAAGUUCAAGAAUUUCUCCAGCACAUUACUAACCUUAGGAGGCUAACAAAUCCGCGAGUUGUGAAAAUCCGAGAAAUUAACAAGAAUGUUAAGAAUUUAAAGGGUAUUACCUCUGCCAAUUGGUCAUUUUAAAUUCAUAUGUUUUUCUCCAAACAGUCACGGGAAAGACUGGAUUACACUAACAGUUACAAUUUUGAGUGAACUACUACGCAUUCUUUCAAAGAUGGCUGGCUCCAAGCCUACCUCUUCAUUGUCUAAAUCCCAUACUCCUUUUACACUUAAUUAUUGAAUCUGUAACUUUAAUUUCUGAUUUGGGCUCUCCCCUUUUGACAACGGACCUAUUCGCCCCCUGUCUGUCUGUCCACUUCAAAUUUUACCUUCAAAGUCUAUCCCCCUUAAAGCAAUAGGCCUUUACCCUAAAAUUUUAAUAGAGCGUUAAAUAAAAAGAAUUAAAUAGUCUAACAAAUUAAUGUUCUUCUGUUCAUUUUUUUUCUAUUUUUUUAUUAACACAAUGCCCUAUGUGAACGCACUACUUACAUAGUUUUCGUAGAAAACCAGCUAUCUCAAGUCCGAUUGGGCUUUCCCCUAUCCACAGGUCAUCAACUUGAAACGCCUUGAUCAUACCGGAGAAAAUAUUCUUGCAAGUCUUCGCUCUUCAAACAGAUCUAGAAUCGAUGAGCGAGAAGUUCGUGAGGAAACCAUAGAAACUAGUUGACUGACGUCCGCGAAAACUCAGGUUUGAAAUGAGAGGAAAUUAACUUUUUGAGGCCGCGUGUAAUUGGUUACCGCCGUAAAACCGAUCAAAAAUUUUAGCAUCAAAGAACUUUAUCUUUAUUUGCUUGAUGUUCUAUGUGUAAGACAUCUGUCCCAUGUUUUGUCGUGAAUUGAAAUACUGUCGUGAAUUGUAAUACCUGUCGAAAAUUGUAAUAACAGUUGUCGAGAAUUGUAACAACUAAGCUAUCGUAAAUUGUAAUAAACGUUGUCGUAAUUUGUAACAUGCCUAGCUGUCGUGAAUUGUAAUAACACAUUGUCGUAUUUUGCAAUACUUCUUAAUGUCAAGGGCUUACAUACUGAAAUUUUCUUGUCAAUCAAAAGCAUUUAAGCUAUUAUGUAGCCAGCAUUAUAGCAACAACUAAAUCAUCUCACCGACCAACUGACUGACUUAUUACAAAAUACGACAAUAUGUUAUUACAAUUCAAGACAACUCGGCUUAUCACAAUUUACGACAGCGUGUUAUUACAAUUUACGAUUGCUUGGUCAUUACAUUUCUCGACAACUGUUAUUACAAUUUACGGCAGUUAUUAGACGAAUUACAAUUCACGACAGAACAUCCCAUCAUUUGUAGCUUUGUUCUUUCGCAUUAAAUAGUUUCUCAUCUUUCUCACACUUGAAUGUCGUUAUGUCGUCAAAGACGUAUGGUGUAGCGUACGAAACUUCAAGUUAAAGAAAGGAUCCUCUAUGUUAUUAUUCAAGCACUGCAGUACUAUUUUCGCAGAUUGCGUGAUAUUUCUUAUUACGUCGUUUGAGAUCUUGAUCCUCCUCCACGGCCUGAUCAUAAAGGGCGAACUUUAUCGAGUCAAGGCUUAUAAUGAGGAAGCAGACCACUGAAUUAUAAACUCAAAAAGGAAAGAGGAAAGUUUUCGCAUUCCGAGUUUUGAUAGUGUAAGCAGUUUAUACAAGGGACAUGAGUGAGACCUUAACGGCGUUUUUAAGCCACGGACGGCAAUCGGAAUUGAAGUUUCUGCGUGUGAGUUCUUACAGGUAGCUGUUUUGUCCAAACGUUUUGGCAAAUCGUCUCUAUGAAGGUAAAGAAAGGUACCAAUACAAAUUUAAAAGGUAGAAGGCCUCACCUCCGAUUAAGGUACGUCGCUCAAAAACGCCUUCCCAAUUGUCAGGAUUCAUAUUCACAUUCACAUUCUAAAUAAAGUUUCGAAAGACUACAAGCCUUAUUUUCUAGCUGAGUGAACCAUAUAUGCAACCCAAAUCGGAAGACAUUUGAGCUGCUAAACACAAAUUAAAACAGAACAGUCUCGCCACUUCUCACAAUUCUGAUUGGCUAAAAUUACCCGGCUAUGUCUUCACAACCUGCUAGCAUUGACCAACUUUGGAAGAUGUUUGUAGAUAUCCACAAAAGUGUCGUCUUCUUUUCGGGUGAUUGACAGGAAAAGGGACAGACGGCGGCGCGGCGCUAAGCUGUUUUGGCCGUCGCAUAGUUAGAAAAAGUGGCAGAAGAUUUCACUCGUAAAGCGAAGACAAAACAGCUGAGCUAAUGCCCUAAAAUAUACAAGAAUAUGUGCAAAAAUACAAUUCGACGGAUGACAACUACUUUUUGAAGAUUAUCUGCCAGAAGAAACACCCUUAACAUAUCCUGAAAUUGCCGAGGAAAAGGCAGAUGCUCUGAAGGCGGAACUUUACAUAAAUCGAGGUAAACAGAGUUUGAAUCUCUUUCACGCUUUCUGUUGAACAAAUUAAAGAUUAAAGCACAUUUAAAACUGAAUACCGAUAAAUGAAAAGAAGGUAUUGAAAAUAUGUAUAAUGUAUCCUUCUCAUUUUCAAAUCGCGCUCAGGAACUAAACUGUGAUAACUCAAAAAAGGUUCCUAAUCAAUAUUUUCUGUUGACAGACCAUAUUCAGGCUUAGGGGAAUAUAUAAAAAAAAAUAACCUAGAAAUUCAGGGAUGAAUGAUAUAUCUUCUUAUAUUCUAAAGUAUCGACUCCAAGUAUUAAUUGAGAUACGUCGAAAUUGGUCUAUUAUCAAACAGAGUUUCUUGCAUGAAAUUUUAUAAGUUUGGCUAAAAAGGCGGUAGCAGUGGACAGUUUUUGGUAUUUAUUUUCGGUGGCAAGCAGGUGAACAAAGUGAAACACACAGGGGAAAAGAACUAGGGGUAAGUAGAGGGUUAAAUAUCAGAAAAAAAAGAAAAAUAGAUUAUGAACUUAAAUCAUUCCGUAGGAACCUUUUUAUUCAGAAUUGCAAAUUAAUCUUUGGAAGUUUAUGUUUUGCCGCAGACGAAGUUAAAUAACGUCUGCGACGCAGGUUACAGAUGUCAUGCAGACAUUUUCCGUUGUGUGUGUUUUAUCUCCAUCUCUUGUUAGCCUUUGCUUUGACGAUAUGAAGUUUACUAAAGCCGGCAAGUGAUCUCGCGACCCCUUCUCGAGAGUUAACAAACCAAAAUAUUCGGUGAAUUUGUUUAAAUAUAUUCUGGUUUUAUUUCGCCUUUUUGUGUUUGUUUCAGUUUUCCUUUUUAAUUGUUUUGGUCUCGGGAUCAAUCCGCCAUCUUGGCAAUAACCAGUCACACCACAAAACCACAGGUAACCCACCCUCAAUGCUUGUAACACGGUAGGUAUAUAUGGUAAAAUUACCGUGUUUGUAUGGGGGUAAAGUUUCGGUCUCAAAUUUUCAGGAAAUAAUUAAUGGCGAAACUUCAAUGAAACUAAUUUGUUGCUGUCCUUAAUGCUAACAUGGAGUUUCGUGAUACAUUCUCAAAUCUUCCAUUCAUGCAAUAAAAUACUCAAGCGACGGGUUUUUUAACGGUAAAUAAACAGCAUAGAAAUUGCUAACUAUAAGGAAGUGCAUAUCAGUAGUGAUAAUCAAUCUUCUUUCCUCAUUACCAGAAAAAAAAUCAUGAUUUUCUUUUUAAACAGACAGCUUACUCUCAACGGCUCCUCCUACAGAGAAAUGGCUCAAGCAACAAAUUUUGCAGAAAAUAAAAUCCUGGAGAAAUUGAACAGGGAAUCGUGGUGCAUGGCAGAGUUAACUUCAGAAGUAAAACACGAGCUAAUCUUUCUCUUGGUGGUUAAUAUUUCUGUAUCCAUUACUGCAUUUCUAGGGAACACUCUGAUCCUAGUCGCUCUAAAGAAAGAAUCUUCACUUCAUCCACCGUCCAAACUCCUGUAUCGUAACCUAGCGAUAACUGAUCUCUGUGUUGGUGUGAUUGCAGAGCCUGUUUAUGUUACCUAUUUUAUGUCCGUGCUAAGCGAUAAAUGGAAUAUUUGCUUUUACGUGGAUGUGUUAACUAUUUUCACGAGCUAUGUUUUUAGUGCCGUGUCAUUAUUUACAUUGGCUGUAAUCAGCGUGGACAGACUUCUCGCCCUGUUACUGGGGCUGAGAUACAGACAAGUUGUAACUUUGAAAAGAACACUCAUGACCCUAAUUGUUGGUUGGAUUUUGUCCAUUGUGGUUAUAUUGACCUACCUUUGGGAUCCUAUUGUGACGUCAUGGUGCGUCAAGGUAGCCUUAUCUGUUUGUCUCGUCACCUCAUUUGUCUGUUACGUGAAGAUUUUCUUCAUUCUGCGUCAUAACCAAAUCCAAGUGCUGGACCACUUUCCUCAAAGACAACAGAACCAACAGGUUCCGCUUAACAUAGCGCGAUACAGAAAGGCAGUGUCUGCUGCAUUGUGGGUGCAGAUGACAUUGGUUGUUUCUUACCUGCCGUUUCUUAUAACCGAAGCUUUGAAACAUCAGCGAGGGAUACCACUAUCGCUUCACCAUGCAAUGGAAUUUACCGGUACCUUAGUUCUUCUAAACUCCUCUUUAAACCCGUUACUGUACUGUUGGAAGAUUAGAGAAGUAAGGCAAGCUGUAAAGGAUACCAUGAGAGAACUUUUAUGUUCAUCGCCAAAUUAG